AUGGAUGAGGAUUCUCAGGAUGUAGCUGCCCUGGUCGUGGACAAUGGGUCUGGUAUGGUAAAGGCCGGCUUUGCCGGAGAUGACGCUCCCCGAGCUGUCUUUCCUUCCAUUGUUGGACGACCCAAACAUCAAGGUGUCAUGGUCGGCAUGGCACAGAAAGACUCCUACGUCGGAGACGAAGUCCAGAGCAAGAGAAGUAUCCUCAUGCUGAAGUACCCCAUAGAGCAUGGAAUUGUCACCAACUGGGAUGAUAUGGAGAAGAUCUGGCAUCACACCUUCUACAACGAGCUGAGAGUUGCCCCAGAGGACCACCCCAUCCUGCUGACUGAAGCUCCCAUGAACCCCAAAGCCAACAGAGAGAAGAUGACCCAGAUCAUGUUUGAGACCUUCAACACACCCGCCAUGUACGUCGCUGUCCAGGCUGUCCUGUCCCUGUUCGCUUCUGGCCGAGGCACUGGUGUCGUCCUGGAUUCUGGAGAUAGUGUCUCUCACACAGUCCCUAUCUAUGAAGGUAAUGCGCUCCCCCACGCUAUCCUCCGUAUUGAUCUUGCUGGACGUGAUCUUACCGGAUAUCUUAUAAAGAUCCUGACCGAGAGAGGUUAUGCUUUUACCGCCCCUGUCGAGAGGGAAAUCGUCAUUGAUGUGAAGGAGAAGCUUUGCUACGUCGCCAUGGACUUUGAGCAGGAGAUGCAGAUUGCUGCCAGCUCCAGUUCUCUCAGGAAGUCCUACGAACUUCCUGACGGACAGGUCAUCACCAUUGGAAACGAUCGAUUCAGGUGCCCAGAGGCCCUCUUCCAGCCUUCAGUGCUCGGUAUGGAAUCUGACGGUAUAGACGUGACUUGCUACAAAUCUAUUAUGAAGUGCGAUGUUGACAUCAGGAAGGAUUUGUACGCCAACAUUGUUCUCUCCGGAGGAACCACCAUGUUCCCAGGAAUCGCUGACAGGAUGCAGAAGGAAAUCACCGCCCUGGCUCCACCCACCAUGAAGAUCAAGAUCAUUGCUCCCCUAGAUAGAAAACACUCCGUCUGGAUUGGAGGAUCUAUCCUUGCUUCUAUGUCCACCUUCCAGCAGAUGUGGAUCUCCAAUGAGGAGUAUGAAGAAUCUGGACCCGGGAUUGUCCACAGGAAAUGCACCCAAUAUCUAACCAUGGAUGAGGAGGAUGAAGCUGUCCUGGUUGUGGACAAUGGGUCUGGUAUGGUAAAGGCCGGCCUUGCCGGAGAUGACGCUCCCCAAGCUGUCUUUCCUUCCAUUGUUGGACGAUCCAACAUGGGACAGAAAGACUCCUACGUCGGAGACGAAGCCCAGAGCAAGAGCCGUAUCCUCAGCCUGAAGUACCCCAUCGAGCAUGGAAUUGUCACCAACUGGGAUGAUAUGGAGAAGAUCUGGCAUCACACCUUUUACAACGAGCUGAAGGUUUCCCCAGAGGAACACCCCGUCAUUCUGACCGAAGCUCCCAUGAACCCCAAAGCCAACAGAGAGAAGAUGACCCAGAUCAUGUUCGAGACCUUCAACACACCCGCCAUGUACGUCGCUGUCCAGGCUGUCCUGUCCCUGUACGCUUCUGGCCGAGCCACUGGUGUCGUCCUGGAUUCUGGAGAUGGUGUCUCCCACACAGUUCCAAUCUCUGAAGGUUAUGCCCUCCCCCACGCCAUCCUCCGUAUUAAUCUUGCUGGACGUGAUCUUACCGAAUAUCUCAUGAAGAUCCUGGCCGAGAGAGGUUAUGCUUUUACCACCACCGCCGAGAGGGAAAUCGUCAGGGAUAUCAAGGAGAAGCUUUGCUACGUCGCCUUAGACUUUGACCAGGAGAUGCAGACUGCUGCCAGCUCCAGCUCUCUCGAAAAGUCAUACGAACUUCCUGACGGACAGGCCAUUACCAUUGGAAACGAGCGAUUCAGGUGCCCAGAGGCCCUCUUCCAGCCUUCAGUGCUCGGUAUGGAAUCUGACGGUAUAGACGUGACUUGCUACAACUCUAUCAUGAAGUGCGAUGUUGACAUCAGGAAGGAUUUGUACGCCAACAUUGUUCUCUCCGGAGGAACCACGAUGUUCCCAUCAAUCGCUGACAGGAUGGAGAAGGAUAUUACUGCCCUGGCUUCACCCACCAUGAAGAUUAAGAUCAUUGCACCUCCAGAGAGAAAAUACUCCGUCUGGAUUGGAGGAUCUAUCCUUGCUUCUCUGUCCACCUUCCAGGAGAUGUGCAUCUCCAAGGAGGAGUAUGACGAAUCUGGACCCGGGAUUGUCCACAGGAAAUGCACCUAAGUCUAAGGACAGGCCGAAUGAUUUAUUG